UCCGGGACCAACCUGUAUAACAUGAUUAACAUCAUAGCAUUGCUUGCAUGUGCCCCCAUGGCGGUUGCGCAACCAACUAUGCAUAUGCAAUGCCGGUGCUUUUACGGGACGUUUCCCGAUGGAGGUACACGCGUAAUCUUAGAUCAGAUAGGAGUGAACAGACAUCGAGUCAGUUAUUGUCCGACGCGGCAUGAACAUGAUCAGAACAUCUUCUAUACGCGAUCGCGUACUAGGAAGGGGGAAAGAAUAGCCCGACAGCAGGUCCUCAAGCCGACACCCCGCGAGAAGAAUCGGCAACAAAGUCGGGUAGGUAGUUAUAUAAGGCAGAAUGGUGACUUCCCAAACGCUCUGUUCCGUCGUUGAGCAUCUGUCACGGUCUCUUUCCAUACACAACUUACACUGGACAACAACGUUUCUUCCUCAGCCUAGGUACGCAAGAUGCCUUUCAUCGACGUCGACGACCAACAGGGAUUGGAGCCGAUUGCCAUUGUUGGCAUGGCUUGUCGUCUGCCAGGGUCCAUUGACACAGCGGCCAAAUUCUGGGACACGCUACGCGAGAAACGCUCCGUCAGAACACCCAAGGUCCCGAGCAACCGUUUCAACAUCGAUGCCCACUAUCACCCUGACAAUGCACGCCCUGGUUCCUACUCGUCCCUCGGCGGCUACUUCCUCGAUGGGAACCCCGUCGACUUUGACCCUACCUUCUUCAACAUGACCCCUGUCGAAGCCCAAUGGCUGGAUCCCCAGCAGCGCAAAAUGCUCGAGGUGUGCUUCGAAGUCUUCGAAAACGCCGGUCUACGGUUAGAGGACCUAGCAGGAUCGAAAACCGGCGUAUAUGCGGCAAGCUUCACUAGCGACUAUCAGCAGAUGUCCAUCUUCGAACGCGACUUUCGCCACAAUUAUGCGGCUACGGGCGUGGACCCCGGGAUUAUUAGUAACCGGAUUAACAACGUCUUCGAUCUUCACGGUCCUAGCUGUCUGAUCAACACUGCUUGCUCCUCAGCGUUGUAUGCUAUACACAACGCUUGCCACGCGCUUCGCUCUCGGGACUGCGAUGGCGCUGUCGCCGCCGGCAGCAACUUGAUCAUGAUGGUCGAUCAGCAGAUGAAUACGGCCAAGCUGGGCGUUUUGUCUCCCACCUCGGAGUGCCACACCUUUGACGAGAGCGCCGAUGGCUACGGCCGCGCCGAGGCUGCCGGUGCGCUGUUCCUCAAGCGCCUGUCCGAUGCGGUGAGGGACAAGGAUGUGAUACGGGGCGUGAUUCGCACAUCAGCCGUCAACACCAACGGGAAGGUGGAGGGGAUGGGCAUCACCUUCCCCAAUGCGCUCGGGCAGGAGCGCGUUCUCCGCCAGGCCUACGAGACGGCUGGCCUGGAUCCGACUGAGACGGCCUACCUCGAGUGCCACGGAACAGGCACCCCAGCCGGCGAUCCUGUCGAGGUGAGAGCCGUUGCCCGGGGCAUGAACGACACGCGAAGCAGGGAGAAGCCCCUGAUCCUGGGCGCGGCCAAAGCCAACAUCGGCCACAGCGAGGCGGCCUCGGGCAUCUUUGCCACCAUGAAGGCCGCCCUCGUCACCGAGAAGGCCGAGAUCCCCGGCGUCUAUGGCUUUCGGAAGCUGAACCCCAACAUCAAGGAUAAGGAGUGGAAUGUGCAGAUCGCCAAGGACCUCACGGCCUGGCCGGCUGGAUUCGACGUCCGCCGGGCCAGCGUCUCCUCGUUCGGCUACGGGGGGACGAAUGCCCACCUUGUCGUCGAAGCCGUCGAGAGUAUGGUCCCCUUUUACAACUGGCACGGAGAGACCAAGGUAGCCGCCAACUACACGUACGACCGAGAGAGCCUCGACAGGCCGUUCCUGCUCACCAUGAGCGCACACGACCAAAAGACGCUGCUCCGUAACAUUGGGGCCCACCAGGCUAUCGCGUCUGAAUAUUACGUCCCCGACUUGGCCUACACGCUGAACGAGCGAAGGACCCGAUUUUCCGGCGCCCGGGGAUACACGGUUGUCUGGCCUGGCGAAGAGGCCGCGGCAUUUGUGCCCGACCGUUUCACCUUCAGUCGGAAGGCGGCGCCGCCGCCGAAGGCCGCCGCGUUCGACCUCGGCUUCGUCUUUACGGGCCAGGGGGCGCAGUGGGCUCGCAUGGGAUGCGAAUCCAUGCGGCAAUUUCCCCUAUUCAGGGAGACCAUCGAUGCCCUGCAACGGGUCCUGAAGCGUGUCGUGGAGCCUGGCCACCAGUCAGCGUGGUCUCUGCGAGACGUUUUGGAGGCACCAGACGAGUCUAGCAUUGUCGGUCAGCCCGACGUCUCCCAGCCCGCCUGCACCGCGGUCCAGAUCGCCAUGGUAGACCUUUUCGCGUCGUGGGGGAUCACGCCCGCCGUUGUCGUGGGCCAUUCGUCCGGCGAGAUUGCGGCGGCCUACGCGGCAGGUCGCAUCUCGGCCCCGGAAGCGAUUCUUGCCGGUUACUUCCGCGGCCGUGCCGUGGCCCACGCGGCUCCGCCGGGUACCAUGUUAGCCGUGGGCCUGGGGGCCGGUGAGGUACAGGAUUAUAUUGAUCUUCUCCCGCCGGAAGUCGCGGACCGGAUUGCUAUUGCUUGCGAGAACUCCCCUGACAGUACAACGCUCAGCGGGCGUAGCGAGGAUAUCAUCGAGCUGAAGAAGACAUUCGACCAUGCCGGCAUAUUCGCCCGGCAACUAAAGACCGGGAAGGCAUACCAUUCUCCCCACAUGGCCGAUGUCGCGCCGUUAUACGAGAGGCUCUAUGCCGCCGCCCACGCGAACUUGCGGGGUUCGGACUUUGCCUGGCGACAGGCACCCACGAGCAUGGUAUCCUCGGUCACAGGGUCCGAGGUCCAAGAGUCGGAGCUGUCCAUCUCAUACUGGUGUGACAACUUACGCAAUCGCGUUCGUUUCAGCACGGCGGUGCAAGCCCUCGCCGAGAAGCCCGAGCUAGCCCACGUAAAGGUACUGGUCGAAGUCGGACCGCACACGGCGCUGAAGGGGCCGGUCGAGCAGAUCAUCGCGAACCGGUUCGACUUGCAGUAUGUGGGAUCAAUGGUCCGAGGCAAGAAUGACGCCGUUUGCCUGCUAAACACGGCUGGCGAGCUGUUCCUCCGUGGAUACGACGUCCAGUUUGAUGCCGUCAACCGGAUGGUGGGGGGCUCUCGGUCCAUCGUCGGCCCCAAGGGCGGUUCACACCGUCAAGGCCACUGCCUCGUCGGCCUACCGCCGUACCAGUGGAACUACGAGCGGACGUAUUGGCACGAACCGCGGGCCAUUGCCGACUUGCGCACGUCGAAGCAGCCACGCCAUGAUAUCCUGGGCCGCCGCAUCUUCGGGCUGUCCGACCGGGCGCCGGUUUGGAAGAACAUGCUGCGUCAGCGCGACGUCGCCUGGUUUCCCCACCACACGCUGGGGACCGACGUGGUGUUUCCUGCCGCCGGCCACGUCUCGCUCGCCAUCGAGGCCUUGCUGCAGCAGCUGGACAGGGAGCCGGCCACGCUCGGGGGCGUCCGACUGGCCAACGUGGACAUCCGCAAAGCCCUCAUCAUUCCAGAGUCGGAUGACGGGAUCGAGGUGCACACACGACUUCAGGCGCACGAUUCCGGCGGCUGGUACACCUUCACCGUCGAGUCCAUCUCGGCCGGUGGGGUCUGGACCCAACACAGCGCGGGCCAGAUCCGGGCGAAACAGGCUCACGACGGGGCCGCCGACCUUGAGUGCCCGUACCAGCCGAGCCAGCUCCAUCGGCGCGUGUCCCCCAAGCGCUGGUACCGGUCCCUCAACCGCGUCGGCUUCCGCUAUGGCACGAGCUUCCAGGCCAUGACGCGCUCGGUCCGGGCCGACGGGAGGCACCGCUGGGCCUCGUCGGGCAUCAAGGUGUGCACGAGGCAGACGGACCUCGAGUCGCGCUACCUCUUGCACCCCUCCACCAUCGACGGGUGCCUCCACGUCGUCAUCGCCGCCGCUCACAAGGGCCUGCACAAGGAGAUGGCAUGGGGGGUGAUCCCGCUCAGCAUCGAGGACAUGUCCAUCGCCUUCCCCUCCGAGGCGGCGGGCGACCUGCGCACCGACGCCACCUGCACCGCCUGGGUCGACGACGACGCCCACAGCAGCCGGCAUUUCUGGGGCCACGCGCAGCUGCAGAGCGAAUCGGGCUGUCUGAUGGAGAUCCGUAGCCUCAAGAUGGUGGCGUACGAGGCGGCCGUGCCCCUUUCGUCUGUCGAGCCGGGACCGCGUGAGCCGUACCGCGUCGUGACAUGGAAGGAGUCCGAAGAGGCCCAGAGGCUGCUUCAGGCGGGAAGCAGCGAGAGUGUUGUCGGGCACGUCGCCGUACUGGCGCCGGAGAAGCACUCGGGACUCGGGCAGGCGGUGGGGGGGACCCUGUUGCCACUGGCCUCGUGCACACCCGACGACUUGGCGCGCUUCAGAGGCAUCGUUAUCGACGAUGCCGACGGCUCUGUCCUCGAGCGGGCGACCGAAGAGACCUGGGCUUCGCUGCAGCGCAUCCUCCUCCAGACGGCCAAGGCCAUUGUCUGGGUGACCCGGGGCGCCAACGAGGGCAGCUCGCUCAGCAGCGGUCUGCCUCAGGGAUUCUUGCGUGCCGUGCGCUCUGAAUCCCCCACCACGAGGAUUGCCCUGGUCGACGCCGACAUGGAGUCCCCUACCAGCGCGGUAGCUGCACUAGUUCUGAACCAGCUCGCCACCUUCGCGGCUCCGAACUACCCAGGCGACGGCCAACCCGACGUGGAAUUCUGGCUGACCGAGCACUCUCACCUGCUUGUACCCCGGCUGGAGCCACACAACGACCUGAACCGGAGUUUCUACGGCCAGGCCCAGGUGCAAAGUGCCGGCUUCCUGUCUUCCGGAGACAGCUAUACCGGCCGAGCGGAAGACGACCGGCUUGUUUGGGAAGAGGCGCCGGUAGCCAAGGACCUCGGACCCCGGGAGGUCGAAGUCAGGGUGGAGCGUGCCGAGUUCACCCCGGGCGACCUGGCGAGCCGCCCUGAGAAAGCCGGCAUGCGUCUUGUCACCGGCACCGUUGUUCGCGCCGGCCGCGCUCUCGACGAGGCCGCCCUGACGGGCCGGCUGGUGGUGGCCUAUGUGGACCGCAAACCCGGCGAGUUCUUGCGCACGCAUGCCACGACGUCCGCUUUUGCGGCCCUCGGCGGCGACCGCGCGGACAGGCCCGACCUCCUGGCCUCGCUGUCGCAGGUGGCCAAGGCAGUAGACGCUCUCGCGCUGACCAGCGACCAGAGUCUCGGCGGGCAGCAGCGCGUGCUUGUCCUCACCCAGGCUCCCGUGAAGGGGCGCGCCGCCUCGCCGUUCCACGACGCCCUCGUGCGACUGAGCGCCCAGCUUGGCUUCGAACUCGUCACCGUCGACGACGGGGCCAGCCGAGGCGAAAUAAGACGGCGCGUGUCCGCGGCGCAGACGGUCAUCGUGGCUGGGGCGCCCAAUGUCGAGGCGGUGCAGGCUGCGUGGCAGGCCACGCCGUCAGGGUCCUCUUUUGCCUUCGGCGAUGGCGCCUCGGUCGACACGUACGGUCCCUUGGACGUGCGCCCAUUUGCACGAGGCGUUGUGCUCCGGGCCUGUGGCACAGAACCCCGGCGGGUCUUGGAGGUCACGGCGGCGCUUUGGCACCGCUCUAGCGACCUCGACCACGCCAGCGGCUAUAUCUUCAACGUUGGGGAGGUUUCGAACUCCCUCGAGGCGGCCAAGAAAGACGUUGGCAAAUCCGCCGGCGCGAACAUCUUGGAACUGAGCUACGGGGAUAUAGAGGUUCCGACACGCGAAUGCACAAGCCAGCAUGUGCAGUUUUGCCCCACAAGCGCCUACCUGCUCGUGGGCUGCCUGGGCGGUCUCGGGCGCAGUCUCACGACCUGGAUGCUGGAGCACGGUUGCAGGAACUUCUGCUUCCUUUCGCGGUCCGGGGCCACGAGCACCGAAGCCCAAGACGUACUCGGGCGGCUCGAGGCGGCCGGGGCCUGCGUCCGCGUCUUCCGCGCCGACGCCGGCGACGAGCAGGCCGUCGCCGAGGUCGUGAGGAGCAUCGCGGCCGAGCAGCCCAUCCGCGGCGUUGUCCACGCUGCCAUGGUCCUCCGCGACGGCCUCUACGAGAAUAUGUCCCUGGCCGCGUACCAGGCGGUGCUGCGGCCCAAGAUGCAGGGCGCGCUGGCGCUCGACCGGGCCCUCGGCAACACGCCACUCGACUUCUUUCUGUUGACGAGCAGCAUCUCGGCCGUCCUGGGCAACCCGGGCCAAGCCAACUACUGCGCCGCGAAUAGCUUCCUCGACGCCCUCGCCCUGGACCGCCGCCGCCGUGGCCUCGCCGGCUGCUCCCUCGCUCUGCCGGCCGUCGAGGACGUCGGCGUCGUCGCAGAGAACACGGCCGUCGCCGAGGCGCUGGGACGCAAGAUGCCCUUCGCCAUCGACGAGAAGGAGAUGCUCGCCGGGUUCGCGGCCGCUAUGAUGCAUGGUAGGCCGCAAGCAGAGGCCACGCGCGCUGUCACGCUCGGCGACGCCCAGCUUGUGCUCGGUCUCGAGCCCGAGGCCAUGUUGCGGGCGAUGGACGACGACGGCGUGGACCUCGCCGACGCCUUCUGGCAUCGCGACGCGCGCAUGGCUUCCGUCCGCGCCGCCAUCGAAGCCAAGCGCCAGGAGCGCGGCGCGGGCGCCCGCACCAACGGCGAGGAACGCUCCUUUGCCUCUACGCUUGAGGGCCUGCCCCAGGACGAGAUGGUGCAGGCGCUGGCCCUCCACAUCGCCAAGCGCACCGCUCGCAUCUUGGGCCUCGAGCUCGACACUUUCGAGACGGAGGGCGCGUCGGUUGCGAGCUAUGGUGUUGACUCCAUGAUCGGCGUGGAACUACAACGAUGGAUAUUCACCGAGUUCGGUCAGAAGAUUAGCGUUUCGACCUUGUCUGAUCCUUCCACUACCUUUUCUAGUCUCGCAGGGUCGGCCGCCGAGCACAUGGGGUUGCUAGGGAAGGAGGAAUGACGGUUUCCGGAUCACAUCUGGGUUUCCCGCGCGGCUCAGUGUUUUGGUUCAUUUUGGUCUUUUGUUUCCGCGCGUAGGUUCCUUCAAAUAAAAUUCACUUAUAAUAUAAUCAUGAGCUUUUAAAUUCCGUACCACUUCCAAG